AUGGCAGUCGGAGCCUCUCUUCGCCUCCUGGCAGCGUUGAUUCUCACCCUCCCAGGUUUCGCUCAGAGCUUCAUGCCGAACUCCUUCUUCUCCUGGACGCUGAGUCAUCGUGACAUCACCCAGAUCGCGAUUCUGAGGAAAACAGCUGAGGUUUGCCGGGACGUUGCUGCUGCAGAGGGCAGAAGCUUCACUUUGGAGAUAACCGACACACUGUCGGUUAACAAAGUCCAAACGGCCUGCUCUGUCCCGCUGCCCGGCUUCCCCGUCUCCAGCGAGAUGCUCCAAGCUGCAAUCAACAGCGUUCACGACAGCAGCGACGCCCUGCUGUCACCAGACCCGGCCUUCCACUUCCACAGCGAGGCCUUCCUCACCGGCAGGGACCUCAUCACUCAAGGAUUGUCGUCUCUAAAAGCUUCUGUGAAGGAGCAAAACUUUCAGGCAGCCAGAAACACUCUUGGAAGAAUCUGUCACACCCUCCAGGACUUUUACAGCCACAGUAACUGGGUGGAGUUGGGAAGAACCGCAGCUUACAGCGCUCUGAUCAGACCAGAUCAGCCUCUGGAGAACCUGGCAGGUCCUGAUGUUCCAACCUGUAAGAGCUGUGCUGGGCUGAGCUGCAAAGACAACAUACUGCCUGCAGUCCUGGAGCAGGGACUUCUCACCUCAGGCUACUACAGCACCGAAUCUCCAGCAAAACCUGCAGGUAAGUGCAGCCACGGUGGUGUCUAUGACCAGACGAGCAGAACCGAGCCAACCGGCGGUAUCAACAAGGACACAAACUCGUCUUCUCACGGGCAGCUGCACCGAACAGCGGCGGACCUGGCCGUGGACGCCACAGUGGACCUGCUGGAGGACAUUAGAGUCGCUAUCGGAGACAGAGCAUUCCUGAGACUGAUGGACAUCUCACAAGCACCUGCGCUGGUUUUUGUGGUGGACACCACGGGUAGUAUGGGUGAUGACAUAACUUAUGUCCAAACAGUCACAGCUACAAUCAUAAAUGAAAGAAGAGGAACACCGAUUGAGCCCUUCGAAUACAUUUUGGUCCCUUUCAAUGAUACAGAAUUUGGUCCGGUGAUGAGAACAACGGAUGCAGAUGAAAUGAUGACCAAGAUAAACAGCCUGACUCCUAGUGGAGGUGCAGACGGCCCGAAGAUGAGCUUGUCUGGACUGAGACUUGCCCUGACAGCAGCUCCUCCUUCUUCCUUUAUUGUUUUGUUCACUGAUGCUGAAGCCAAAGACGCGUCUCUGAAAAACGCUGUGACCGCUCUGAUAGAAACCACGAAGUCGAAGGUCUUUCCCAUCUUGACCUAUUUUAAUGCCAGACGACGCAAAAGAACUGUAACUGUAGCUUCUUCCAAGCAGCUGGAUCUGGAUCUGGCCCAGGCGUCUGGAGGUCUGGCCAUUGAAAUCAGCAAGUCCCAGAUUUCUGCGGCAACUCCUAUUAUAGAGCAAUUUUCAGUCGGAGCCGUGGUCACCGUUCUCCACGCGGCGGUGGAUCCCGGCACGCCGAGAAAUUUGACCUUCCUCGUUGACACGACUCUGAGCUACGUGCUGAUUUACAUCACUGGAGACUCAUCUCUCACCUUCACACUGACAAGCUCAACAGGAGUUUCUCAGAGCUCCAGUGAGUCCAGCGGCUCCCUGGCAUCGAUUUCUACAGCAGGAAACCUGUGGGUGUUAAGGCUGAACCCUGAGAACCAGGCAGGGCAGUGGGCGAUCGCGCUCAACUCCAACACCGCCUACACAGUCAAGGUCACAGGUCGGAGUUCCUUGAACUUUGUCUACAACCUCGUUGAACCACAAGAGGGCACCAACGGCAGCGUCAUUCCCAAGGAAGGACGUCCCUCCACAGGUGAUAACGUCACUCUGUGGGUCACCGUCACAGGAAGUGACACAGCCACAGUCAGAGACGUCUCUCUGUUCGACUUCUCCAGAUCAACACAAGUCAAUGGAUCAGUCCAGUCGAUAGGAAACGGCGACUAUCUGGUGGCGUUCAGUGAAGUCCCGGCAGGGAGCUUCCUGCUUCAGCUGACGGGACAGGAGACGAACUCCACCUCCGCACCAACCAGCUUCCAGAGACAGGCUUCCACACAGAUCACACCCUCCAGUCUCUCUGUUACCGUCAGUACCCUUUCUGUUCACUCCGGUCUGCAAGAAAACCAAACAUUUUUUUCCUUUCCUUUAUACCAGGCUCAAGCUGACAGCCUGAGCAUCGAACCUGGCUCCAGCGUCUCCGUAUCUUUCACCGUAUCCUCAGAGGAAACUGGGACAUUCACCAUACAAGCCAACAACGACCGCGGCUUUGGCACCGCACGGCGUACCUCGGUGAGCAUCGGCGCAGGUGAUGGCGGACAAGCCAAUGGCACAGUGACCUUAGCAACUCCAGCUGAUGCUGCUUCAGGAACAGAUGUUUCCCUCACUAUUGUUGCCGAGAACGCUGAUGGUACUGAAAUUAACUACGUUGUGCUCAGGUUUUCAAUAUCUACCAAGGUAACUGACCUGUCUGCUCCAGUGUGCCAGGUAGUCAGAAUGUCAGGUGUUUGUCCAGCCUCUCCUCUCUUCUGUGCAUCUGUCCACUGGGAGCUUGUUGUUAAUUUCACAGAUGGAAUCAGUGGGACUGGAAUUGAAACCAUUUCUCUACGCCAAGGGAAUGGUACUUUGAAAACCAGCAAUGUGGUUGAAGUAGGGGGGGAGAAUAUAACAGUAGUUUCUUACAGCUCCACCUGCUGUUCACAGAAUGUACAGCUAGCUGCUGUAGACAGAGUGGGAAAUGUGGGCACAUGUACAAAAACCGCUAUAGCCCUUACUACACCUGCCCCAAGUAGCACACCUUCACUUGUGACCAACAUCAGUCAUAUAACCACAACCAUUCCUGUGCUCAACAGCACCUCUGCUUCUACACCAAUGCUUAUCGCCGAGAACAUGGCAGUAGUCCCAAAGAUGGCUGGGACCACUCCUGUGACUACACCAAUGCACAUGACCAACACCACUCCCGUGACUACACCAAUGCACAUGACCAACACCACUCCCGUGACUACACCAAUGCACAUGACCAACACCACUCCUGUGACUACACCAAUGCACAUGACCAACACCACUCCUGUGACUACACCAAUGCACAUGACCAACACAACUCCUGAGACUACACCAAUGCACAUGACCAACACAACUCCUGAGACUACACCAAUGCACAUGACCAACACCACUCCCGUGACUACACCAAUGCACAUGACCAACACCACUCCUGUGACUACACCAAUGCACAUGACCAACACAACUCCUGAGACUACACCAAUGCACAUGACCAACACCACUCCCGUGACUACACCAAUGCACAUGACCAACACCACUCCCGUGACUACACCAAUGCACAUGACCAACACAACUCCUGAGACUACACCAAUGCACAUGACCAACACCACUCCCGUGACUACACCAAUGCACAUGACCAACACCACUCCCGUGACUACACCAAUGCACAUGACCAACACCACUCCCGUGACUACACCAAUGCACAUGACCAACACCACUCCCGUGACUACACCAAUGCACAUGACCAACACCACUCCUGUGACUACACCAAUGCACAUGACCAACACCACUCCUGUGACUACACCAAUGCACAUGACCAACACAACUCCUGUGACUACACCAAUGCACAUGACCAACACAACUCCUGUGACUACACCAAUGCACAUGACCAACACAACUCCUGUGACUACACCAAUGCACAUGACCAACACAACUCCUGUGACUACACCAAUGCACAUGACCAACACAACUCCUGUGACUACACCAAUGCACAUGACCAACACAACUCCUGUGACUACACCAAUGCACAUGACCAACACCACUCCUGUGACUACACCAAUGCACAUGACCAACACCACUCCUGUAACUGCAACCAGCCCUGAAACUCCAAAUGUCCCUCACAAUUCAACUCCUGCCCAAACUACAAAUAGCUCUGUCGUCACUACAGUUUUUGAAACUGCAGGUACAACUAUCUCAACAUCCACUGGAGGGGAACCUGUAUGCUUGUCCUAUUCUCUGUGCAUUGCAGCUAUGAUUUGUUCAAUCCGAGUAUUAUUCUUCAAUGAGGCAAAUUGAAAUGUAUGUAAUUGACUUGAAUGUGUCUCUAUAAUGGGAUUAAAUUGACUAAAUAUUUGUAGUGCCUCAGCUCUAUAUUAAUUUAAUGAAUUGAAUUGAUUUUUGUCUGGGAGUAAAUAAUUUGAGCAGAUUUUAAUUGUAGUUUAUGAAGCACUGUUAAAAUUGCAUGUAAUUUGAAUUAUUUUAGCUUCUGUUUAAUAUGCCUGUCUUUUUUGUUUGAGAGGUGGAGGGGGAAUUCAUGCAAGAACUGUUAAAGUG